GCGGCAUUGCUCGGCUUGCACGCCAGCCUGCGUGUGUUCACCUCCGUAAAUUGUGAUGUCGACCUGCGUCUGUGCUCAGGUUCACUGAAACAGGUUUUUUUUCCCCCUUCCUCCUCUCACAAGUUUCGCCAGUGAAUGAACAAGAGGAGCUGUAGUAAUAUUACCAUAUAUGGUAUAAACAUUUAGCCAAUCAGAAUACAGAUUAUAGCGGUCCUCGGCCGAUCAAAAAUUGUUGUCACGUGAUUGUCCCACCCUGAUAGUGCGACAAGAUGGCGAGCAAGCGGAGCACUGUGUGUCUUGACGAUGACCAACUAGCCGAACUACGAGCGGCAUUCGACACAAUUGAUGAAGACAACAAUGGCUUCAUUACUUUGCAAGAACUGGACACAGCUCUUCGAUGUGUCAACAUCAAGCUGCCAGGAUAUGAAAUUCGGGAGCUGAUUGGAAAGUACGACAAAAACCACCAGGAUGGCAAGCUGGACAUGGAAGAGUUCACCCAGUUGUACAUACAGGAGAAAACCAAACGAGACAUUGGCACGACUUUCAAAAAAGUUGUGUCCACACGACAGGGAGUCAACACAAUUGGAGGGACCUCAUAUGCAUCAUCCGAAGGUACCACACACACUGUAAAGCAAGGCGAGCAGGUGGCCUUUUCAGAUUGGAUCAACAGACAUCUGAAAGAUGAUCCUGAUCUGAAGCAUUUGCUCCCGCUUAAUGCCGAAGGGAAUGACCUUUAUUUGAAAGUUGGAGAUGGCAUUCUUAUCUGCAAACUGAUCAACCUUUCUGUCCCCCACACGAUUGAUGAGCGGGCGAUCAACAAAAAUAACCUCACCAUCUACAGGAAACAUGAAAACUUGACGCUCGCAGUUACCUCCUCGAGCUCCAUAGGAUGCACCACUGUUAACAUUGGGCCAGAAGAUUUGGCAGCCGGAAAGCCUCAUCUUGUGCUAGGUCUUAUGUGGCAGAUCAUUCGAAUUGGCUUACUGAAUGACAUCAACUUGGCGCACCAUCCUGGAUUGGUUGCACUGCUGAAGGAGGGUGAGGAGAUCGAGGACCUGAUGAAGCUGUCACCAGAACAGAUCCUCUUGCGAUGGGUGAACUACCAUCUUGAGCGUGCUGGUUGUGAUAGGAGGAUUUCCAACUUUGGCGAAGACAUUAAGGACUCUGAGGCUUACACAUACCUUCUUCGCCAAAUUUCACCACAAGAACGGGGAGUGACCCUUAUGCCACUUCAGGUGAGUGACCACCAUCAGCGUGCAGAGGCCAUGCUUCAGGAAGCAGACAAGAUUGGCUGCCGCAGUUUUGUGGGACCUGGAGAUGUUGUGUCUGGCAACACCAAGCUAAACCUGGCUUUUGUGGCCAAUCUGUUCAAUAACUACCCAGCGCUGGACACAAAUGUUGUUAUCGAUGAAGUCAUGGUUGAAGAAUCCAGAGAAGAAAAGACGUACCGAAACUGGAUGAACAGCCUUGGCGUGAAUCCAUUCGUGCACCACCUUUACAGCGACCUUACUACUGGCAUUGUAAUUUUCCAACUCUAUGACUUCAUUAGGCCUGGAAUUGUUGACUGGAACAAAGUCAUUCGCAAAUUCAACAAGCUCAAGGCCUCCUUUCGAGAAAAAAAUUGUAACUACGCUGUUGACCUGGGUCAUCAGUUCAAGUUCUCUCUUGUGGGCAUUAGUGGAAAAGACAUCAACGAUGGCAACCCAACUCUUACCUUAGCUUUGGUAUGGCAGCUGAUGAGAGCAUACACGUUGAGCAUUCUUGCCAAGUUGACUGACAACAAUCGGCCGAUUGCUGAUGCGGAGGUCAUAGAAUGGGCCAAUUCUAAGUUAAAGCCUGGAGAUCGAUUCUCUAGCUUCGGUGACCCAAGGUUGGGCAGUGGUGUGAUCAUCUUGAAAUUGAUUGAGGCCAUCAAGCCGGGAACUGUGAACUGGGAUAAUGUCCUGCAGGAUGCUGUGACAAAAGAGGACCAACUAGCAAAUGCUCGUUAUGCCAUUGGAUUGGCUCGAAAAAUUGGUGCAGGAGUGUAUGCCCUCCCUGAGGACAUUGUGGAACUAAAGCAGAAGAUGUUGAUGACAAUCUUUGCAUGCCUGAUGACACGUGACUUCAAGGGACGCAACCUCACAGAUGGAGAGGCCAAAUAGAAUGGACUUUUCCUGUGAAGCCAUUAACACAGAGCCUUUGAUUGUGAUGCCACACUACUUCUGAUGAAUGCUUAUGAAAUCAUUUUUCACUCUGAUCAGAAAGUAGUUUUAAAUGGACUACAAUAUAGGCUUUACCAUCAUUUCGUUCAUUCUUGACCAGCACAAUUAAAUUGCCUCAAGCCAUGAGGUUUGUUGAACAACAUGUAUUUAACCCCAUUUAAUCAGCAUGCAGUCUUUUCAAAUCUGUAUGCUUUUUAUUCGUCUAUCGUUUGACCACCGCUGUGUGAUGAGGGGAUGGCGAUGUCUAAAACAAUGCCUUCAGAUGAUAUUGGCCUGAAAGGGACAUUGAUCUUGUAAUAAUUUAAAAAAAGUACUUGCACCACAAAUGGGAAAAUUUAUAACAUGACCCUUGUAUUCAAGCUCAGUCUGUAAAACCAACUAUAAGAACUUACAUUCUCUUUUUAAUGGAGAAGGGAGUAUCUUCAAUGUUCUAGAACCUGCUUGAUAUCUUUGAAGGGUUAAAUGGAUGAAUAAAUUUGCAGUGCACAGAGAUGUUCAUUGAUCCAAGUCAGCAGUGCUUUCCUCGCAUCGGCACCAUUCCUUAUAUUCUCAAUAGUAUUAUUGUCUUUUACUGCUGGUUCUGAUGGAGCAGGAUGUUAAGCUAGUUAAAGUGAGUGCAUGAGCAAAUGAAACAGAGGCGUUUGCAGAAAAUGGAUUUUGUUGUUUAUGAGACCACCUAUUCUUCACAUUUUGAGACCAUGACUUGCUGCAUGUGCAUAGAAACCAUCUACUGGGCAUGAGGAUACAGGUAAAUAACUGUUUUCUAAAGAAAACCUUCAUUACAUGCUACUUAUUCUGUGUGUAUUUUGUACCAAGAUAACAUGUGUUUACCAUCUGUUGAGAAAAACUGCAUAAUGAUAUGAACAAAUUUGGUCUAUAUUUAGUAUUUAACAUACUAAAAUCCAUGUUUUGCCAUUUGUGGAAGGAACAAAUUGUUGAGAUGAGCAAAGCAAAAUAACCAAGGAUGCAAAGGAAAGUGAUUAAACUUUGUGGUAUUCUCUGUUAUGCUAUGUCUAUGAUAGAAAUCACUAUAAUUUGCUUUACUUUUUGAGAUCAUACUAUAACCAAUUUACAAAAAUAUUUAUUUUUUUGUAUAGUAUAUUUCAAGUCAUUUAAACAUGUCCUGUAAUCUGUUUUUAAUACGUAUGAGGUAUAAAUGACCAUUAACAUGAAGAGCAACUGCAUAAGGUUAAGACCUUUAGAGUGAUGCUGUUAACAAGUAGCAUAGUCCAUGCAAGUAGAGUUCACAUCAGUGUAUGUUUGGCAGGAGAAGAACAUAGGAAGAUUGCACAUGCCUGCCAGCUUUUGUAAAACUGUAAAAAAAAAUUUUUUUGAUAAUUUGGUCUUGCUACCCAUCAUAUUGUUGAAUGUUUUAUUCUACCUGACGCUAAUCACGUUAUUCAAGAUCACUUUAACUUGAAUGACCUAAACACUCCGUUGCCUUCCACUACCUAGUCUGUUGAUACAAAUAUGUAAACAUGACUGCAGAAUGUAUGUCUGUGAGAAAUCGUUGUGGAUUGCUCUUAAGUGCAGGACAUAUUUAUGCACCAGAUUUUCCUGGAGUAAUUUGAUGCUUUUUUUAAAAAAAAAUUCGUGUCAGUGAAGGAAAAUGAAUUGUUGCUGAGUCCCAAUUGUUAAGCUUAAGAAGAUGCUUGAUUUUGUAGUGCUUGGAUCUGGCUUAUAAUGUUUUAGAAUCAUUUUAAUUUUAAGGAAUCAUUUCCAUUUUGAAAAUUAUGAUGGGACCAUCUUUAAUUUGAACAUGAUCUUCCAAAUAUCAUGAACGCUGUGUGCAAUGUCAGAUGUAAAACAUUAAACAGAUGAAAGGGAUUUUGUUUAUUUAUUUUUCAGAAAGCCACACUUUUUUUCCAGUUCUUCACAUUUUUUGGUCUGAAUGCUUAUUAUGCAACAUUAUGUCAGAAGUAUGACAGCAAAUUUUUUGUAAACAGCAUUUUAUUGUUAUAAGUGUGUCUGAAUUCCCAGAGAUCUUUGUUCCACAGUGUCAUUGUUAAACUUUUCAUUAUUUUAAAUAAUAAAUUAACAUAUCAGCAAAGCAAAAUCAGGUUUACUUUACAAUUUACUUUUAUAAAGAAAUAUUUGAGCAAAUACUUUGAUUACACAGCGUGUUUUACAAAGAAAAGAGAAAUUCAGGUAAAAUGCAAAGUUCAUUGUUCUCAGUUUGUGCAUUAAUUGCUUAAAAAUGUUUAAAAUAGAAGAUUGUUUCUGGCUUAAGUUUUUGCCAUCUGUUUUAAUUUGUUAACAGUGCAGAGAUAUUGUAAUGAGUAUUCUCUGCUUAUCCCUUGCAAUCAAGUGCCAAGAAAGUUUUCAAAAGUUAAAGAUGCAUGAUACUAGCUUGACAGUCUUUACUAACAGAGAUAAUCAGCAUAUUUUCUUAGAUAAUUUUAGUGCAAGUUAGAAAGGUAAAUGGCGGUUAAUUAAGGGAUCUUGACAUAAUUUGUGAUUGCUAUCUGUAGAUGAUGUAACAUAGAGUCCAAUCUCUUUGCUUUCUUUGAUGAAAGUCUGUAAAAGAUGCUAUUUACUGUGAAGUGAACCAGACCAGACCAUUGAUGUUUCACUCCACUGGAAUCAAAUGAUUUGUAAAUAAAAGGAAUCUAAUGAUA